GAUGCUCUUAUUUUUGCCGGUCGCGUGAAAGCGGAAGUGGCCCCCGUUCAGAAGUCGUCAGUCGGUUGUUGUUUCUCUUGUUUUCUCUCGUUUUCUCUCUCUCGAACACUUUCUGUGGAUUCCGCAGCAGUUUCCCGCCUCAGAGAUGACGCAGAACAACAUUUUCCUCUUCGUUCCCAAUUUGAUCGGCUACGCCCGUGUGGUUCUGGCCCUGCUCUCUUUCUACCUGAUGCCCUGCUGCCCCUGGCCAGCGGUCUUCUGCUACCUGCUCAGCGCCCUGUUGGACGCCUUUGACGGCCACGCUGCCCGGGCACUCAAUCAGUCCACCAAGUUUGGCGCCAUGAUGGACAUGCUGACGGACCGCUGCGCCACCAUGUGUCUGCUGGUGAACCUGUCGCUGCUCUACCCGUCUUACACCUUUCUGUUUCAGCUCAGCAUGUGUUUGGACAUCGCCAGCCACUGGCUGCACCUGCACAGCUCCACGAUUAAAGGAUCAGCCAGUCACAAGACCAUCGACCUGUCAGGAAACCCCGUCCUCCGGAUCUACUACACCUCUAAGCCGGUUCUGUUUGUGAUGUGUGCCGGGAACGAGCUCUUCUUCUGUCUGCUCUACAUUCUUCAUCACAUCUCAAAACCUGCUGCGUGGCUGUACUGGCUGCAGGGUCUCUGUGGAACCAUCUGCCUGCUCAAGUCUGCCAUCAGCCUCCUGCACCUCAUCACCGCCGCCCAGAACAUGGCUGCUCUGGACGCCGCCGAGCGAGAGAAGACCGCCAAGAAACACUGAGCGUGUGUGUGUGUGUGUACGUGUGUGUGUGUGUGACACAAGAUUUUUGUUUUGACCAAACAGAAAAAAACCCAAUCCCACAUGGAUUAGAUUAUUAUUUAAAAGUUAUUUAAAUGAUGAUAGAGCUGUGACUAGGAAUUGUUUUCAUUAUCAAAUAAUCUGCCGACCUUUUUCUCUGUAACCGAUGACUCGUCCAAUUCAUAAAACGAAAGACGUCGUCGCCAUGGUGACGUCCAUCGACCGUCCUGCUGUUUCCACGACGUCUCCUUCAGGGUCAAAGACGUUUGUGGACACGUCUGACUCCAGUCUGACGUUUACAUGCAGGAGUAAUCAGACUAUGAGUCACAUAGUCCAGGUCUUAGUCAGACUAAAGUGUUUACGUGACAUUAGAGUCAUUUACGACGGUCCUCAUUUCCUGGGUGAAAUACGUAUUUUUAUUGAAUCACAUUCUGGACUGAGACUUAGUUACCCGUAGCUCCGCCCACAGUGUUACGUGCGUUAUUAUGUUUAUUAGUUUGGACGUAACAGAGACUUUUCCACGUAUUAGAACGGCCACAAGGAGGCGCUGUUGAUGUGAUAAUACUCGGUGUUGAAUUUCUGUUCAUAUGUUAUGUGAUGAUGAAUCUUUCUAGUCAUUCCUGGUCCUCAUGAUCGUGAUGAUUAUUAUUAUGUUUUUAUUUUACCUGCGAUGUUUGUGACCAAAGUGUAAGUUAAAGUAAAAAUGCGCCCCCUGUCUGAGUGCACAGGAGGUGCAACAGUGUUCUCUCUGCGACCAUUGAAAGAUUAUCGUGCAGGUUCCUGCUCACUGUUUGUUUUUAAAGGUGCAAAAAAGAAAGUUCUCUCCUCUAAGAUAAAAGUCAGUCAUCAUCAGAGCAAUGAAGAAAUUUCCUCAAAAUGGAAUCCAGGGAGAAAGGGUACAAUGGGGGGAAAAGAGGAGCGGUCCCAGAAUGGAGCCCAGUGGCGCCCCCACAGAAACAGACUCUUCUCUCUGUGCUGAAAACGACUCCAGGUGAACGUGCAGAGGAGAAGAGAUGGCUAAUGAGAGAGUGAAUGUCUGAAAAAUGAGUGAAAACAGCUGUCAAGUUGAGAUGUUUUGAUUCAACAGAGAACUUCAGAGUCUCUGUGAUUUAAUGUCGAAAAACAACCACCUUUUUUCUUGACUUGUUUUGUUAGUGGGUUGUUUUUAAGUGUCUCACCUCAUGUGAAAACUUCUGUGUAAAAUAUGAAAAACAUCAAAAUAUAUAAGUAAUAUAAUUGAACAGCAGAGCCACUGCUAAUGUUAGAUGAAAGAUAUUAUGCCAAGUUUAUGUUUGAAUUAACUGUAAAACAAUUGAACAAUAAAAUGGAUUAUUAAAAAAGAA